AUGACUCAUGACGGUAUGUCAUCGCUACAAAUUGCUAAACAACUACGAAAAGUGGUCAGUGAGCGAACAGUCAGACGAUGGCAACAUAUGUAUAGAAGCACCGAUACAAUUGAUUUGAAAACACCUGCUGGUAGACCCAGAAUUAUACGAACAAAAAGUCUUAUUCGAAAAAAGGGGACAAUUGGUCGCAUUAUUCAUGAGGAUCUUCAUUUACAUGCUUAUCGUGUUAUAAUUGAGCCAAAUCUAAAUGAUGAACAUAAACAACGAAGAGUAUCAUUUACAUAUUGGGUACGAAAGUUUUUAAGAAAAAAAGAUCGAGAAAAAAUCUUAUUUACUGAUGAAAAGUACUUCGAAUUAGGUGGCAUUUUCAAUCGCCAAAAUGACCGUGUUUAUGCUCCCUCUCGAUACUACGCUGAUGAACACAAAGGAACAAAGCCGACGGCCAAGUUUCCAAAAAAACUUAUGGUAUGGCUUGCGGCAUCGAAAAAUGGUCUUUCACUUCCAAUUAUUUUUGAGCCCGGUGAAACGCUAACGCAUGAAAAUUAUAUUGAAAUUGUUUUGCCACAUGCACUAUCUGAAAGUCAACGAUUAUUAGGUGAUAAUUUUAUUUAUCAACAAGAUAAUGCAACACCACACAAGCAUAAAGAUUCGAUAGCAUGGAUUAAGAAAAACUUUCCUCGGUUCAUCGAUGAAAAAAAAUGGCCGCCUAAUAGUCCAGACCUCAAUGUUUUUGAUUAUUAUGUGUGGGAUGCUAUAGAUCAUAAUAUGCAUUGGGAUAAAGUCAAAAGCUAUGAUUCAUUAAUUGAUGAAAUAAAAAAAGGUAUAAGUCGUGUACCAAAAAAUGACCUCCUUCGCAGUGUUCAAAAUUGGUCGAGUAGAAUUUUUUCUAUUUUGAAAACAAAAGGUGCUUAUAUUAAAUAA